ACUGAAUUCUCAGCCUGUGUUCCUUCUUUGAUUCCUCCAGCUGAAGAGAUCGCUCAGACAGUCGAGCAGGCCAUCAGUGGAAGCUUCAUGGGUCGCCUUAUUUUCCAGCCCACUGGAUGUGGAGAGCAGAACAUGUACCGUAUGACUCUACCUCUCAUAGCCACUCAUUAUCUGGACAGCACCAAUCAGUGGGACACUGUUGGCAUGGAGCGCCGUAAUGACGCCAUCAACCAUAUCAGCACAGGUUAUCAAGGUCAGCUGAAAUACCGCAAAACAGAUGGAUCUUACGCUAUCUACAUAGAAACGGCAAGCAGCACAUGGUUGACAGCAUAUGUGGCUAAAGUCUUCGCCAUGGCCAAUAACCUUGUUUCUAUAGAGGAGAAUGUGAUCUGCAGCGCUCUCAAGUGGCUGGUUCUGCACAAACAAUUGCCAGACGGCUCCUUUAAAGAGGAUUCAGCUGUAAUUUCAAGAGGGAUGGUGGGUGGCGUACAGGGCAAUGAUGCUGAUGCCUCUCUGACGGCUUUUGUUGUGAUUGCCAUGCAAGAGGCCAGCAAGAUCUGUGCUGAAUCAGUUGGAAGUCUGCCUGAAAGUAUCAGGAAGGCUGUUGUCUUCUUGGAAGGUCGAUUUCCACAACUGACCAAUCCUUACGCUGUUGCGAUGACAUCCUACGCCAUGGCCAAUGCCAACAAACUCAAUAAAGGCAUCUUGAUGAGACACUCCACCCAAAAAGAAGCCGGUCGGUCCUGGACUGUCCCUGGACAACAUCAUCACUCACUAGAGGCGACGGCUUAUGCUGUGCUGGCGCUUGUGAAGGACAAAGACUUUGAUAAAGCAGGAGAAGCAGUGCACUGGCUGAACAGACAACAGACUCACUAUGGUGCUUAUGGCACCACACAGGCGACCAUCAUGGUGUUCCAGGCCGUGGCAGAGUAUCGCACACAGGUGAAGGACCGGCAAAACUUCAAUCUGGACGUGGAGCUGUCCGUUGCAGGAAGAAGCACACCUGUCAAAUGGGCUAUCAGAAGAGAGAAUGCACAUCUUACACGAUCAGACAGGGUGAACAUAAACCAGGACUUCAAUGUAACUGCUAAAGGAACUGGAAAAGCCAUUCUCUCAGUUCUGACGCUGUACUACGCCAGACCUGUUGAGAAGAAAUCUGACUGUACUUUCUUUGAUCUGACUGUUAAAAUGGAGAAAGACAAUGAAGCAAAACAAGGAGCCAUUGCAAGUUACAACUUCACUAUGGAUUUCUUCUACAAAGAUGAUAAAACUGAUGCCACCAUGACUAUUCUGGACAUUGGCUUACCGACUGGAUUUGAAGUUGAAGAAAGUGAUCUUAAAGAGGUAUUGUGGUGAUAAACUGAUGCAGUUAUGUUUCUGUAUAUAGAAGAGGAA